CGGCGCCCCAAUCCAUCAUGAAAUUCUGGAAACCCGUGUGAGAGAGUGUGAGAGAGAUGAUUGUUUCAGUAUAAAUACACUCUAUUUGGUCUGGUUGAACAUCUGCAACACCUCUGUCCUCCUCUGUACCCGUGACCCUGGAGAGAUCUCAGCAUGCUGCGUGUGAAGAUCAGAUUCGGGCUGAAGGAAACACGAGACAUUUUUAUAUCAAACCUGAAAUCAUGAGGAAAAAAAGUUAUUUGAUUUGAUGAGACCAGGAGUUUAGGUUGUUUUGCUCUUUAAGGGUUACAGCAGAUGGAAACCAAACAUCAUCUUUUCAAAUGUGAAGUGUGAUGGUGGAGGUGAUGGUGAAGGGACCGAGGCACCCGGAGUGUGUGAAGAGAGGGAUCUGAACACGGAGCCGAGCAGCACCGCCGUCAUCUACAACCCCUACAGCUCCCUGUCUGUGGAGAAACAGAGGCAGAAGCUUCCUGUCUUUAAGCACAGGAACAACAUCCUGUACAUGGUGGAAAGCUUUCAGACCGUAGUGAUCCUGGGUGAAACCGGCUCAGGGAAGAGCACACAGAUCCCUCAGUACCUCCUGGAGGCUGGAUGGGCCACAGAGGGGAAGGUAAUCGGUGUGACUCAGCCUCGGAGAGUAGCCGCAACGUCGGUGGCCACUCGGGUUGCAGAGGAACGUGGAGCGUUUUUGGGGCACGAGGUGGGAUAUACCAUCCGCUUUGAUGACUGCUCAGAUCCUCAAGCCACACGAAUAAAGUUCCUUACAGACGGGAUGCUGGUCAGGGAGAUGAUGGCUGACCCUCUGCUGAAAAAAUACAGUGUCCUCAUGCUGGACGAGGCUCACGAGAGGACUCUCUACACCGACAUCGCCAUUGGCCUUCUCAAGAAGAUUCAGAAGAAGAGGAGAGACCUCCGGCUAAUCGUUGCUUCCGCUACGCUGGACGCCAAGAAAUUUUACGACUUCUUUAACCUGAACGAAUCGGGAGACCCGAGCAAGGACACGUGUGGAAUCUUGACCGUGGAGGGACGAACUUUCCCUGUGGAUGUUUUCUACACAGUCAGUCCAGUUCCAGAUUAUGUAAAAGCCUCUGUGGAAACCGUCAUGAAGAUUCAUGAAGCUGAGGACGAUGGAGACGUGCUUGCGUUCCUCACAGGACAGGAGGAGGUGGAGAAAGUGGUGUCCAUGCUGCAGGAUCAGGCUCGCUCUCUGUCUCGCCACGGCAUGAAGAAACAUCUCCGUGUCCUUCCCAUGUACGCCGGCCUGCCCUACUCCGAGCAGCUGAAAGUCUUUGAAAGGCUGCCACCUACUGUCCGAAAGGUGGUGGUCGCUACCAACAUCGCUGAGACGUCCAUCACCAUCAACGGCAUUGUGUUCGUGAUCGACUGUGCGUUCGUCAAGCUGCGAUGCUACAAUCCCCUGACAGCCAUCGAGUCCCUGGUGGUCACGCCCAUCUCCAAAGCUUCUGCGUCUCAGAGAGCAGGAAGAGGUGGCCGGAACCGGCCCGGGAAAUGUUUCCGCCUUUACACAGAGGAGGACUUUGAGAAGCUCCCGGAGAGCACUGUGCCUGAGAUGCAGCGCAGUAAUCUGGCUCCGGUGAUCCUCCAGCUCAAAGCUCUGGGUGUUGAUAACGUUCUCCGCUUCAGCUUCCUGUCUCCUCCUCCAGCUCAGACCAUGGUGCAGGCAUUGGAGUUGCUCUUUGCUCUCGGGGGUCUGGACCAGUACGGGCGUCUGACUGAUCCGGCGGGGGUCCGCAUGGCUGAGUUCCCGCUCAGCCCCAUGUUCGCAAAGAUGCUUCUCGAGUCGGGAAACUUCAGCUGCUCCAAAGAGGUGAUCACCAUCGCCGCCAUGAUGCAGAUCCAGAACGUCUUUGUGGUGCCGUCCAAUCAGAAGAAAGCAGCCGCACGUGAGCACAGGAAGUUCGCUGUGGCUGAAGGUGACCAUCUGACCAUGCUAAAUGUCUAUGAGGCUUUCGUCAAGCACCAGAAAAGUUCUCAGUGGUGUCAGGAGCACUUUCUGAACUACAAGGGUCUCUUGAGGGCCACGACGGUCCGAGAGCAGCUCCGUCGCCUGCUCAACAAGUUCAAAGUUCCUCGAAACUCCAGCGAAGGUGAUCCAGAUGUGAUCCUGAGGUGCAUCGUGUCAGGAUUCUUCGCAAAUGCGGCUCGCUUGCAUCACUCCGGGACGUACAGGACUUUACGAGACGACCGUGAGCUUCACAUUCAUCCCAACUCCGUGCUUUACGGAGAAAAACCUCCCAAAUGGGUGGUCUUCAACGAGGUGGUUCAGACCUCCAAGUACUACAUGCGAGACGUGACUGCGGUGGAAUCGUCCUGGCUGGUGGAACUGGCACCUCAUUUUUAUAAACAGGCCACACAGCACGGCUCUCUGGGAAGCAAACGCUCCAAAGUCUUCUGAGCUCAUCGGCAAUCCUGACCGACUGCUGAACUACUGAUCCUUAUAUACUUGAGCGUGUACACACACACACACACACACACACACACACACACACACACAAGGCAGCAGAACUGAGGGGAGAAUUCUCUAUACCCAGCACUGUAUAUAUGUGUAUGAUAAAUAUAAUAUUUAUUCCUUCAUAUUGGAAUGAAUUCUUCCACCAACACACACACACACACACACACACACACACACACACACACACACACACACAGCAUUCGGUCUAGAGGUCAAAGGUCGUUCAUAGCGCUUCCUUUUUUAAUUUUUGUACUGUUUUCCCUCAGUUGCCGUGUGUGUUUCCUGCGUAAUUGGGGAAGUGAAAUCUUUUUUUUUUUUUUUUAUCUUUUUUUUUUUAUAUACAUCAAAUACAGGAAGGGAAAUGAAGUUGAGACACCGGGACGCAUCGGGUCGUGUUUUUGCAGCAUUAUUAUUAUUAUUAUUAUUAUUAUUAUUAUUAUUAUUAUUUAGAUUUAGAUUGAUCAAUUACACACCGGAAAUCUGUAUCAUUUUUUCUUUCCCAUGGAAAUACUGUGUAGCUGAGAUUUAGUGGCCUUUUCCUCACCAUUAUGUGCCAAAUAGGAAACAUGUAUUUCAUAUGCGUAUGAAAUAACGUUGCCAUUUUUACACCGGUGCCUAAAAAUGUGCUUUUUCUUUUCCUGAAAUCCAUCAGAAAGUCAUUGGGAAUUACACCCCCCUUCCCCCCAUUCCCAAUAUAUAAGCAUAAUAUCCACUUAUUUCUAGUGUAUAAUCGAUUUUAAUUAGAGCACAAACAACAGCCGUCUGUAUUAAAAAACACGCCCAUUUCAUAAAUGCUUCCACAAAAGAACCUUCGACGGAAACCUGCAUGAGAUUUCUGCAUCUUUCUGACCUUCGCUGUGGUCCAGCGGCAGCUGCUGCUCACAUCACCGGCGCAUUUUCACUUCGAGAUCACUUCUGAAAUCCCCUUCCUGCAUGAACACUGUGAAAAAUCAUACGUAGUGCGUAGACACGGCCCGUCCGGCCGAUUCGCUUCGUUCAGAUGCUUUUACGCCCUCGAGGAAACGAACACUUCCUUCAGAUUUCCCUUCAUCUCAAAGUUCUGUAUGGAAAUGAGACUAAUCCAAUAAACAGGAAUCUUCACA